GGGAAUAACCGAAAAGCUAGCCUACACUAAAGUGAUUAAAAAACUAACUAGUUGGCAAAAGUCUGUGCCAUUCUGUAGCAUCACUAGUUAUGUUUCACUUUUGAGAAUUCAAGAAUGAGAUCGAAAGUAGAAAGAAUGUAGAACGCGACUUGAACUGGAGUCAGUGGUAUUCUGAAGUGUGGUGUUAGGAGUUGUUUGACACCUGGAAAUGUAAUUUGAGACUGAUAUAUAUGUUGUCAGAUCAAGCGCUCGAAAGUAUAUGGUAUACUGUUAACUAUUUUGCUUCUAGCUUUAAAUGUGUUUUUUAUGUGGAAGUCGCAAUAGAUCAAUGUUGUCCCGUGCAGAAAGGUUUCUGUAUUGUACGGUGAUUGUGUCUCCGUGUAUUUGGCGUUCCGUGGCAUUCAAUCCAAGCAGUGCUGCGCUGCUCAAUAUGGCUGAGACAAAAGUCAAGUGAUGAGCCGUGAGUGUGAAACCUAAUCAUAAAUCAUUAUGUAAUCCAUUUAACUCAGGGUAAUUUUUCCCAUAAACGUGAAACAUGCUUUACUGAACUGAGAAUGUGUAAAAUAGUUCUGACGGAUAUUGUACGAAGGUAGUGCGUAGUCGGUGGUGGGCAUUUUGACAGGAGUGUUUAUCUCUGUUUUGACAGUAUUCCAAUCAUGUUAUUAUAAACCUAUGCUAGUAUUAAAUGGAUUAAAUCAGAUAGUGAUGGAGGAUAGUGUCAGCGUGAAAUCAAACGAUUCUGUGGCUACAAGCGAUGAAUACGAAUUCGUAAAUGGAUGUUCUGCCACAAAAGGACUAAUAACCAUCGGUGAGCAACCCCUGUUGAAAAUUGCAAAUAAUGGCAAUCUUGAUGAUCUGAGGAAAUCAUUGAGAGAAGUUUUGAGUGAAGACUGUAAUAGUGCUUCAAAAAUGGAAAAUAAUUCUGUUAAACAUGUGCCAGUGACACAAACUGUUAAGAAGGUUGGGCAAAGUAAAUUUUAUGAUACUGAAAGUAGUAAGCCUAUUGUUUCACCCAUAAAAGACUCUGAGAAAAAGGAUGAAAUGAAGACUGAAAAUGAAGAAUAUGAGGAGGAAGUUCCAGAUGUACAACAAGAAUGUACAAUAUUUAGUGGUGUGACAUACUUAGGUGCUGCUGCUAUAAAUGCACCUAAAAGUGAAGUUGAGAUUCAACGCAACAUGGGCAUUCUUAAUGAACAAUCAUCUGACCAGGGUAUUAAAGUAUCAGUGUCUGUUCCCAGUUCCUCAGAUGGUACUGUUGUUUUAUAUGAUGCUAUAUCCAAUUCUGUAAUGGCCCGCUAUGAGAUUCAUCGUAUCUUAUUUUAUGCUCGAGGUACUGCUGGUUCAAGAGAAGCAUCUUGUUUUGCUUUUACAUGGUCUCAUGGAGAUACUCAAGAAUCAGCUAUUUUUCAGUGUCAUGUCUUCCGUUGUGAUAUUCCUGAAGCUGUAGGACAAGUGUCUGCAUGCUUUGCAAAAGCCUUCCAACGUGUGCCGAAAUCAAUGAUCAGCUCUGUAACAUCAGCUGAACUUGGGCCCUCUUUGCCUGAGAAGGAUCAUGUGGAAGUAUUCAUUUUUGAAGUGAACAUGGAAAUAAAGGAAGAAGAUGGAAAAGGUGGUUUCAGCACUGUUCCAAAAGAUCGUAGUGGUUUCAAAUUACGUGUUAAUGUGGAGAAGCAGUUGUGCCUCACCGUCCAACAAGUUUCAGAAGAGAACCAACAUGAACUGGAAGUGGAAAGGUGCUUUGGUGUUCUUGUUAGUCCUGGUCGGCAUGUCAAGCAUUCAGAUAUGCAGCUACUUGAAAUGGUUUCAAUGGGCUCAGGUACUGGUGAUAAACAAUGCUACAUUAUUUCUGGUCACUGGGAUCCUGCAGAUCCAGCUUUUGAAGCACUAAAUGUAGAAACUCCUCGUGAUGGUCGCAUGUAUAUUACUGUUGCUGUUGAUUUGGUGAUUCGAGGAAUUCAGGAACCAGUGCGUUUUCUUGUGGAAACGCCUGUAAAAGUAUAUCCUCAAAAUGAAAGGUUUUGGUACUUCAGUCGUCGACCAUUGAUUCAGCAGUUCUUUCUCAAUCUCAAAGAGGUUCCUUCAAAUGAUGUCACAGAAGUUCACUAUGAGGUGCUGAAUAUUGAAACGUCGGGUGAAUUAGAUCGAAAUCGUAUUAAUUUGUCACUUAAUUUAGCAAGUUUAAUUCGUUCCCCUAGUAUCUCUUCUAUUGAUAUUGAUACAUUAACUCCAAAGGAAGAAGUGUCAGAUGGUGAUGAACCAUUAUUGAGUGGAACUGGAGAAGUUUCCAAAGACUGCUCUGAAGUGGAACUUGAGUCUUGGGCAGACGUGCUAGUACGAUGGACCAGUACAAAGCAAAGACCCAAGCAGUUAGGGGCCUUAGUCCGUGGGGGCAUACCAGAAGCUCUCAGGGGAGAAGUUUGGCAACGGCUGGCAGGAUGUGAAAAUGAUUCAGCCAUGAUGGGUUCAUAUCGAAUUCUUAUUACAAAGGAUAGUAGUUGUGAAAAUGUCAUACAACGAGACAUUAAUCGCACAUUCCCAGCUCAUCAUUUUUUUAAAGAAGCUGGUGGACUAGGCCAAGAUUCGUUGUAUCGUAUAUCCAAGGCAUAUGCUGUUUAUGACCAAGAAGUUGGCUAUUGUCAAGGGCUGAGUUUCCUAGCUGCUACACUGUUACUACAUAUGCCUGAAGAACAAGCAUUUUGUGUUUUUGUGAAAUUGAUGUAUGAUUACGGAUUGCGUGACAUGUAUAAAGAUGGUUUUGAAAACCUUCACAUGAGAUUAUAUCAGCUCAAUCGGCUAAUGGAAGAGCAUUUGCCUCAAUUGUGGCAGCAUUUCUCAGAAAAAGGAGUGGAAUUUCAUAUGUUUGCGUCACAAUGGUUCCUCACUCUUUUCACUGCAAGAUUCCCAUUGUAUUUUGUGUUCCAUAUUCUGGAUGUUUUCCUUCUACAAGGUGUGGACACUCUUUUCCAAGUGGCUUUGGCUCUUUUGAUGAUGUGCAAGAAGGAUUUGCUGCAGUUGGAUUUUGAAGCAAUUCUCAAAUACUUCCGUGUCUCCCUUCCUAAAAAAUGCCGUACCGAGGAAGUGGCUCGGCAACUUAUGAGGUUAGCUACUAGUAUAAAAGUCAAGAAGUUGAAAAAGUAUGAGCAAGACUUUAAUACCCUAAAAGAGGCUCAGGACAGUGCUGAACAAUAUAAUAAUGAAUUGGAAAAUCUGAAAAGUACGUUAAUGCGGACGGAAGAGGAAAAAAAACGUCUUGAAGAAGAAGCUACCCGAGUGUUUUUGUAUUUGCCCAAUGAAAAGUGUUGGGUGCGAGAUCACAUUCCCAGAAAUAAAUUAUUGGGUGAACUAGCACCUCUUUUUUUAGCUGAAGUGCCAACAAAUGGGUUUUGCAAAAUGUGUUACCUUCAAGCUCUACCUCUAUCCAGUUUUGAUAAAUUGACUGUAGUGUGUCUGAAAGUGAAGAACUGGUCACAUGGAUCUGGGAGCCCCAGGAGAACUGAAAAUUUAUGUUCCUCGUAAUAGCGUGGAACCUUGAUGUAUCGAGAAAAUUUGUUUGAUUCUUGGAAGUGGUUGCUGAAAUUGCUCAGCAACUUACGGACUUUGGUGUGGCUAAAUCAAGUGAGAAUCGGCUUACAUUCAGACAAACCAGCUUCAUUUGAAAGACAUCAUUCCCAAAAAUUAAACAUAUUGUUGCUGGAAGAAUGGAAUACACGUGGUUCCAGAAAUUUUAUCCUGCUGUAGUAUGUGGCCAGGAAUUCAGACAUCUUCCAGGUGCCAAUUCAAGCUGCAUAUCACUCAAAUUCGUGUUCCUCCACAUGUGUUAGAAAUUUAAAGGUUCUUGAUUGGAGGGAAUUGGGCAUUGAAGACUGGGAGAAAUAAAUAAAAUUGGUAAACUGCAAGUUUGGAAUCACUGAAUGUUCGUAAUACUGGUUUUAAUUGAGAUUAAUUUUUCCUGAUUUGAGGAAUCAGGAAACAAAACUGAACCUAUUUACCUUCUUUAAAGCAGCUUUAUUUAACAAACAAAUAAGAUUCAAAAGUGGGAAUCUGUGAGUGAAACUAGACAAACUGAAGCAAUUAGAAGAAUUAGGUUUCAAUGAAGAAAUCCAGUUCUUGUAUCGAGAAAAUCAUGAAACUUCUAGACCAGCUUGUGAUUGCAAGGAUUGGCCGUUUGCAGAAAGUUGAAUGGCAUCGUUAUUUAACCCCAGAGGAAAGGGAAAGGCGCUGAGUAUGAUUACUUAAAGAAACAUGGUCAAGAGUGGAUUGUAUAUGAAUAAAAAAAGAAAAUGUGAAAAUCCUUAUGGAAAAUUGUCUUAGUCUCAUCCACGAUAUCCUGCCACUGCAUACAAAGUACGGGGCCACCAGAAGAAGGUGGAAAGUGGAAAUGUUUUUUCAUCUCUAUUGAAGGUCCCAGUUUUAAUUCAGUGUAGAAAUAUUUAGUCCUAAAAAUGGAAGGUAAGGUCUAUAAAAGAAAAUUACCUUUAAAUAUGUCUGUCCAGAAAUGAUAGGGCUUGUCCAGAGGCUAUAUAAUACUGGCAGUGAAGUUCCCAUAUUUAAACAUACAUUAGCUCUAAGGUACAGCUGGCAUAGAAAAUAAAAUGUAGGAUAAAAGAGGUUGCAUGGUCUA